AUGCCGCCCAAGUUUGUACCCCGCGAUCGUAAGAAGGGCAGGAUUGCCAAAGCCAAAGCAAAGAACUCGCACUCGCACGACGAACCUGAAGAUGCAAACGCCGCCGAAAUCGUCCCUCCCACGCCCUCAGAAAAAGAAGCCCGUCGCACUGCACUCCAAGCCGAGAUUCGCGCUCAGAAUAGCACAUCGGUCAUCUCUGGCAAGAAAAAGAAGAGACUGGACAAGUACAUCGACAACAAGCUCAAGAAGGAGGAAAACUUGGCUCUGAUCAAGAAACUCGCCGCGCAAAAGGUCGAUACGAGUUUGUUGCUGAGCUCGAAGAAGCUUGGAAGAGGUGGAGAGUCUGCGAGGGAGAGAAUGGAGAGGGCCUUGAGGGAGAAAGAGCAAGGGAUCAACAUUGAAGCCAACGAUGCUAUUCUGUUCGAGCAACGAAAGAGGCCGGCGCUUGAGUUGGAGAGCGAGUCUGAGGACGACCAGACUUUGACACCGCAAGUCAACGGUUCAAAAUUCGCUCCUGCCAAAGCUCUAGCACCAGCGCCCGCGCCAGCGUCAGGCAAAGGUGGACUCUUCGCCGCUGGCCAGGGCUUGUUUGGCAGUGGCUUGAAGAGACCGCUCGAGACAGACGAGGAAGGAAAGCCAGUCAUCAAGAGCAGGAAACGCACAAAGGUCGUCACCAAGUCUGCCCCUGUAGUCGCCCAGGAGCCCGAAUGGGAAGGCUUCUCUGGCGACGAGAAUGCCGAAGACGACGAGGAUGAGGAUGAGAAUUCAGAAGACGACAUCGAAGACGGCGAGGAAGACUCGGAAGAGGACGAGGAGGACGAUGACGAUGAAGACGAGGAAGACUCAGAUGAAGAUUCGGAAGACGAGUCGGAGUCGGACGAGGACAUGGAAGACGCAGAGGCCAUGUGGGCUACCGAGCAACGAAACCAGGCCAUAGGCUUCGUUCCCUCGACAAAUCUCGAUACCGUAAACUCGACGACGGUCAAACAACCAACAAACUUCGUCCCUCGCGCUCCUUCACCAGAAACCCUCCCUCCCGAACUCGCCGUAUCCGCCACCACAGAGUCAGACAACCGCCCUGCCGAAGCGAGAUUGAAGUUGCCUGUUGUGCAAGAAGAGCAGAAGAUUAUGGAAGCCGUUCACAACAACAACGUCCUUGUCGUUUGGGGUGCCACUGGUUCCGGUAAAACAACUCAAGUUCCCCAGAUGAUGUUCGAAAGUGGCUACGGCAGCAAGAUCGGACAAACAGAUGGAGAGGGCAAGGCCAAGGGCAUGAUUGGUGUCACUCAACCUCGUCGUGUCGCUGCUGUCAGUGUGUCAGAGCGUGUGGGCACUGAAUUGUGCGACAUGAAAGAUCGUGUCGGUUACCAGAUUCGCUUCGACACCACCGUCUCGAAGGACACUGCUAUCAAGUUCAUGACUGAUGGUAUUCUGCUGAGAGAAAUUGCCAACGACUUCAUCCUGUCCAGAUACUCUGCUAUCGUUAUCGAUGAAGCCCACGAACGCUCCGUCAACACCGACAUUCUGAUUGGUAUGAUGAGCAGAAUCGUGGACCUUCGUGCUCAGAUGGCAAAGGAGGAGCCUGAAAAGUACUACCCACUGAAGCUGGUCAUCAUGAGUGCCACUCUCCGCAUUACCGAUUUCACCGAAAACACCCGCCUCUUCAGAAAUGGCCCACCCCCGAUCGUCAAGGCAGAGGGCAGACAAUUCCCCGUUACUGAUCAUUUCGCCCGUAAGACAACACAUGACUAUGUUGAUGACAUGUUCCACAAGAUCAGUAGAGGUCACAAGAAGCUGCCACCUGGUGGCAUGCUCUGUUUCCUUACUGGCCAGCAAGAGAUCAUUCAGCUCGCAAAGAAACUGCGUCAAGCAUUCCCUGCCGAUACUGGAAGUCAGGUCAAGCAACCCAGAGUUCAUGUAUCUGCUGCAGAUGCACCGCUCGAGAUUGAUGACAUGGACGCCGAGGCUCAGCCUGUGUCGAGAAGGGACGAUGAUGAUGACGACGACUCGGACAUUGAGAUCAGAGGUCUGGAUGAUGAAGAGGACGACAAGGAGUUCGAGAUCGAAGGGGAAGAGCAACCCGUGGAAGCGCUCAGAGUCCAUGUGCUACCUCUCUACUCGCAACUUCCCACAAAGCAACAACUCAAGGUUUUCGAGGAACCGCCGGCAGGCUCGAGACUGAUCGUUCUUGCCACCAACGUUGCCGAAACAUCUCUUACCAUUCCUGGAGUUCGCUACGUCUUUGAUUGUGGACGCUCAAAAGAAAAGAAAUACGAAGCAUCGACCGGUGUUCAAACCUUCGAGAUUGACUUUAUCAGCAAGGCCAGUGCUGCACAGAGAGCCGGUCGUGCUGGUCGUACAGGACCAGGUCACUGUUACCGCCUCUACUCGUCGGCUGUCUACGAGCGCGACUUCGAAGAGUACGCCAUCCCCGAGAUUCUGAGAUCACCAAUCGAGGGCGUUGUUCUAUCGCUCAAGAACAUGGACAUUCAAACUGCACUCGCCAAAGCCGAAAAACUCCUUACCUACCUUGGUGCUAUCGACGCACAUGGCAAGAUCACAGAGACUGGAAAAGAGUUGGCCGCAUACCCCUUGUCACCGAGAUUCGCAAGAAUGCUGUUGUUGGGCAGACGUUACAACCUCUCAGCACACACGAUAGCUCUCGUAGCCUCUCUUGCUGUACCCGAGCUCUUCAUCCCUCAAACUCAAUACAAUCUCGAGAACGCUCCUGAUGAGGAAGAGUCGGAUGACGAGAACGACACUGCCAGAGAACGUUUUGCCAAGCGUCAAAUCCGCACAGAAGCAGAUAACAUCGCCGCCUCGGCAGCAGAAGUCAAGCGAAGGGCAUACGGAAAAGCUCACGCUACACUCUCACGCUGGGACGACCGUAGUGACGCAUUGAAGUUGUUGACAGCAAUGGCCGCAUACUCUGCUUCAUCCUCUCCUGCAUCCUUCUGUUCCGACUACUUCUUGCGCGAAAAGGCCAUGAAAGAAGCUGGACAACUAAAACAGCAAUUAACAGCUAUCGUACGCAGUCACUCCCGUACUGGUACCGAUGACCCAACACUUUCACAAAAGACACUGCCGCCACCCACAGACAAGCAACGCGCCAUCCUCAAACAAUUCGUUGCAGCCGGAUUCAUCGACCAAGUCGCUGUCCGCGCCGACAUCAUCGGCGUAGCACUAUCCCGUAACCCUCGCCGUGCGAUCGAAGUACCCUAUCGAACACUCUUCACCUCCAGCAGUGGAGACAUCGUAGGCCAAGACCCUGAAGCCCGCGCCGCAGCCAAACUCUCUUACGUACAUCCCUCGUCUGUGUUGGCGAGAUUGACAGUCCCCGAGAUGCCUGAUUAUAUCAUCUACUCGCAUCUCUCGCGUCAAGCACCUUCGCCUCCUUUUGACACGAUACCUAAGACUAGACUCCACCCUCUGACAACAGUGACAGCUAAGCAAUUGGCAAAUCUUGCAGAAGGCACGCCGUUAUUGGAAGUCGGCAAGCCGGUUGGAAAGAUUGAGCAAUUGCCUAGAGGUGCUGAUGGCAGAGAGCGUAGAGAAGUCUGGGUUGGUCUGAGUUUGAGAGGAGAAAAGGAAGGCACACCUUGGCCCGUGGGUGCAAGGAAGGUGGUGCAGAAACGCGUUGGUGGUGCCUGGGAAGUUGAGAAGGUCGUCGGAUAA